CCGUCAUGCGCAGAAGCAGAACAGAAAGCGGAAGUGACCAGCCAAGUACAACAGAACGAAAGUUGCUGAUUGCUUAGGGACUGUUGGAGCGCUGAAAGACAGCAAGUUUGGGAGAAGGUUAGAGCAGCGAUUCUUGACGAAAAAAGCGAUAAAAUGUUCUGAUGGGGACGGUGGUGUCCUCUUCCACGUGGCAGUGUCCCCAGUGCACGUUACAGAACGACGGUACGACGCAGAACUGCCGAUCUUGCGGGGAGGCGCGCGCGGACACAGCCGGGCUGCUGGCUGCGUUGUUCGGCGGUGGCACCAAGGUCUGUCCGGGCUGUGAUCUGACGAACGCCGCCGAAGUCGAGAAGUGUGGUCGCUGUGGGUUUACCUGGCCGCCCAGGGAGACACAGAAAGACAGGCUGCCUCAGGACAGUACACCUUCAGCACUCAUCUCCAUACCAUCCAUAGAAAACAGCACACCAAUGGAGGCUGUCGAGGUCACAAAGGACACGCCCAAACACAAAGCUAGAAAACAGUGGACAUGUAGGCGAUGUACCCUGCUCAAUCCUGCAUCCGCCAAGAAAUGUUCCAUGUGUGAAGCGCCAAAACGGGACAAAAGCUUAGAGGUGAAGCUGCCACUACCGGAUGAGCUGAAAAUUGAGAGAAAGAAGACUACAGAUGAUGAUGUAGUUGUUACUAACAUGACCAAUGGUACACACACCCCGCCGGAUUCACCAAAGGAGUCUGUCGAUUUAACUCUUGAAGAAAAAGAGGAGGAGACAGCUGAAAAAGAUGCCGCGUGGUCCUGUAAGAGAUGUACCUUUAAGAACAUCCCCCAGGCCAAGUCAUGUGCAGUAUGUGAGGCACCACGCAAGCCAAACAUCCCCACCACUCUACCCAAGAAUAUCGACAUGGAGGCUUUGUCCCCUAAGAGACUUAAACAAAAUGGAAGCAACGGUGACACCAAAUUAGAGAGAAGAAAUGCCACUAGAAAAAAGAUGGAUUCUAGUUCUAGUGUUAGUGCUAGCACUAGCGAUGAUGCUAGUGCUAGUGCAGGUGCUAGUAGUGUUGAAGAUUCCAUUGCACCCAGUGACCAAUGUGGUAAAGUCUCUACCACACAGCUUUCACCUCCAGAAAGCCCAAUGGAGCUAUCAGACAACUCAUCUAAUGAUGAAGCUGUUGCUAUGGAGGCGUCAGACUCAGAAAAGGAUAUGGAAGAAAAGGCAGCUUUAUCUACAGGUGAAAAAGAAUGGGAAUGUCGGAAAUGUACAUGUAAGAACCCAAUAACUACCUCAGACUGUGGAGCCUGUGAUACUCCGAAAAGUGGCUCCCCCCACCCUGUAAUAGACCUGACCGAGAACGCUGUCCGUUACACUCCCGAGUCGCCAACUUCUCCUCUUCCCUCAACGUCGAUGGCAGAGCCAAAGUCCCCAAAGAUGCCAACAAAGCCAGACACACUUGCUCUAGUCCAGCCUUCCACAAGCACACAGAAGGACGUAUGGAAAUGUUCGAAAUGCACCUUGGAAAACCCCAUCAGUAAUAAUGUGUGUGAUGCCUGUGGGGGAUCCAAGGCUGCACAGGCAGUAAAGGAGAGACAGUCUGAUUCCGAGCGUUGGAGAUGUAAGAAGUGCACAUAUGACAACUCUAGAAAAGUGCGGGUGUGUAAGAUGUGCGGAACGUCCAAGCCUGGUCAGCCAUCAACCCCCACUGAGACAACACCAGAGUCACCACAUAAGGCAAGGCCAAGGAAAACGUCUCUUCCAAGUGCCAGUGGAGCAGCCCACUCCCCCAGCCCCGAGCGGGUGGGGAUCUGGAAGUGCCCCACCUGUACCCUCCUCAACAGUAAGGAGAAUCAGAGCUGCAGCGCCUGUGGAACCUCCCUCAGUAAGGUGGCCAGUGGCACGCCCGACCGCUUCACGCUGGCGCGCCAGGAGAGCAUGACCAUCGACAUGCGGCGCAGACAGGAUGAGAAAGAAGCUGGAGAGACCUUGAAAAAUAUCAAGUGUUUUUGCAAGCAGAACAAGCUCAAUUUUGUAGAUGACUCCUUCCCCCCUGCGCCCAAGUCCCUGUACUACAAACCCUCGGCCCCUCCCACCAUGACCGUGUCCCAGUGGUUACGCCCACACCAGAUCACGGACCUGUCUCAGGACCGCGGCACCAAGUGGGUCGUGUUCAGGACUCCUCGACCGUCCGACAUAUCACAGGGCAUUCUGGGGAACUGCUGGUUUUUGAGUGCUCUGGCUGUGCUUGCUGAAAGACCAGAGUUGGUGGAACGGGUGAUGAUCACGAGAGAAAUCUGCCCGGAGGGAGCGUACCAAGUACGUCUGUGCAAGGACGGAGAGUGGAUGACUGUACUGGUGGAUGAUCUGUUGCCAUGUGAUCAUCGGGGGUUCCUGGUGUACUCCCAGGCCAAGCGACGACAGUUGUGGGUACCACUAAUAGAGAAAGCUCUUGCCAAACUGCAUGGCUGCUAUGAGGCCCUGAUCUCAGGAAGGUCUAUUGAGGGGCUGUCUACACUGACAGGAGCUCCCUGUGAAAGUGUUCAGCUCCAUAGAGCACAAACCAACAACCCUGAUGAGGACCCAGUGGAGCCAGACCUGAUCUGGGCACGGUUACUCAGCUCCAAGGAGGCAGGCUUCCUCAUGGGGGCUUCCUGUGGGGGAGGGAACAUGAAGGUCGAUGAUGCUGAGUACGAAUCCAAAGGACUCCGACCCAGACAUGCCUACUCUGUCUUGGACGUUCAGGAUGUUAAUGGGAGCAGGUUGCUGAGAAUGAGGAACCCGUGGGGUCGGUUCUCCUGGAAGGGAGACUGGUCAGACAGCUCCCCCCUGUGGACCCCUGAGAUGAGGGACCGACUGUUGGCACAUGGAGCGAGCGAGGGGGUGUUCUGGAUGUGCCUGGCUGAUGUCAUGAAAUAUUUUGAUUGCAUUGACAUCUGUAAGGUACGCCCGAACUGGAGCGAGGUUCGGGUCAGCGGAGUCAUCCCUAACUUUGCUGGGGGUCCCAUUAAGAUUGCUCUGGUGACAGUGUUCCA